CCCAAUGAUUGCAUGUCCUAAAUACAAUGGUUUUGUAGCCGUUGAAUCACAUGUUUGGGAUAAAAAUUUUGCUACGAAAAACACCAAAUUAAGCAAUUUAUGCCCCUUUAUGUGUUGGAAUAUUUUGCUACGAAAAACCCGAAAACACCAAAUUUUGUAGCCAUUGAAUCCCAUGUGCUGCCAAUUGUAUCCUGGUUUGCAACCUACCGAUUCUCACUCUCCUCUGCUAUAUGUGUUGGAAUAUUUGCAAUUGUCCUGGUAAUAUUUUGUGGUGCAUCUUAUCUGGGGGUGGUUAAUUCUCGGGAUGAUCGAGUUCCCAUGAAGGCUGAUUUCCUUGCUGCUUUACUUCCCUUGGUGUGUAUUCCAGCUGUGCUAUCACUUUGUUCCGGUCUGCAUAAAUGGAAAGAUGAUGAUUGGAAGCUCUCUCGAGGUGUUUAUGUAUUUGUUGGCAUUGGACUUCUUCUUUUGCUCGGUGCAAUAUCCGCUCUGAUAGCUAUAAUUAAACCUUGGACGAUCGGGGUUGCGUUUCUUUUAGUUCUCCUUCUCAUUGUCCUUGCUAUUGGUGUAAUCCACUAUUGGGCUUCAAACAACUUCUAUUUGACGAGGACACAAAUGUUCUUGGUUUGCUUGCUUGCAUUUGUCCUUGCUUUGGCUGCAUUUGUUCUUGGGCUAUUGGAAGAUGACAAGGGCUAUAGUCGUAGUUAUUUCAUUUGUUUGAUCAUGCGCUAUUCUUUCAUGAGAAGUUCACUUUCCAACUGAAAAUUACUACUCAGCCCAUGAAGCUAAACACUUUUUUGUUUUGUUUUUUUAUUUUUGGUGUGUGCAGAUAAGCCCUUUGUUGGUGCAUCUGUUGGUUACUUGUCAUUUCUUUUUCUUCUUGCCGGGAUAGCAUUGACUGUGCUUCUUUCACCUCCCAUUGUCAUCUAUUCUCCAAGAGUUCUACUGGUGUAUUGUUAUGAUGCUCAUGCUACUUGUGCCAAAAAUGUCAAUCGAUGAUGGAAGAUGCUGUGCAUUUUCUUACUAAGGAAACUAUUGUUCAGGCAAUUGCUCGGUCUGCCACUAAAGUGAGUUUGCUUCUGCCUUGAAAUGACUUCUUAGCUAUUAUGUUUCUCUCUUUGUACUCUUAGUUCUUUUCAUGAAUGGAACUGUCUGUUGUAUUUGAUUUUUGAAAGUUCAAUUUCAUCUCAUCUGUACAAAUUCUUCAGCAUGGGCAUGUUUCUGUUAUUAACUGGUUUUGAUUAGUGUUCACAUUUGUGACUGCUGUAAGUGAUGCAUAAAUAUUUAAGUUACAUUCUCUUUUCAUUCUCCUAUUUGUCUUUCGCUUGGCUUUGUUUCUUUCAUGUUCUCUGUCUCUCUAAUAUUGCUUGUGAGGGAAUCAUGAGGAUACCAAACCACGUUGCUUCAUACAAUGAACUGGAAGUUUCUUCCAUACUUUUAAUGCACUUUUAACUUAGGAGGUAAUAAAUUUCUAUCUUCCUUUCUAGUUGGGUGAGGGAUGUGGGUCGACCUCCUUUUUUUGGUCCCAAGGAGCCCCUCCUUUUUAAGAAAAUACAACAACAGUUCACAUUCAAUUCAGAAAGACCAAUGAUUGCAUGCAUGGCUAGGACCUUCCUAUGAAGGAGACGUUGAGCAUGGUCUAUACACAAUUGACCAUAAUAUCAAUGGUCUGGGAUUCCCAAAACAUGGACAACUGACCAAAACACCAUCAUUUGAUACCUUGUCUGUUUUUAACACUGACAUUUAUGGCUAUGUCUAAGUUUCGUAGUGUAUCAAUAGCUGCAAAAAACAUUUCAUAGCAUUAAACUAGUUGGUUCAAUUUGUUAUGGAAAAAAAAAAUAAAAUUAGUUGGUUAAAUUGUUGAAUGUUGGUUGUUGAAUGGCCCAUCUAGCCAUUGAUAACUCUGUUAUAUUGUUUCAAUCUUGUAAUUAAUGGCUUAUUUUUUAAUUCAUUUAUUCUAUCUUCGUGGAAUGCUACUUUUUGACUUUUUUUUUUUUCUUUGUGUGCAGGAUUUUAAUCAAUUGUGCCUAAAUUUAGGCUUACAAGCACUUCAGCCUUUUGACGCCACUCGUACUCUGAGUGGACCACAUGGAGGA